CUUCAUUAAUAAAUAAACUGAUUCGCUGUCAUGGCGCAAUAUGCAGCCUGUCCUGCGUUCCAGCUUGGAAGACCUCGAUAUGAUCAGCCGACGUAGGCUAUGUCAACUGCAGCAGCGCAUUUGAUCUGUGCAUUUGUCAGCAGCAGCACCACAAGCCUCACUUUAUGCUUAAAGUACCUUUCUUGGCCGGCUGAGACACUUUGUAGCGAUCAUUGACCCCAGCACACUCUUUGUGUCUGAGAGACGAUUGAGAGAAUGCAUCAAACUCCUGGAGGAUUUUCAACAUGGAACACUACCACCUGGAGUUUCAGAUCUACAGCUAUGGGAAGCCCAAAAGGUGAAGCAGGCCAUCAUUCAUCCUGACACAGGAGAGAAGAUUUUCAUGCCUUUCCGAAUGUCAGGUUAUGUCCCAUUUGGAACACCAAUUGUUGUGGGCCUUCUUCUUCCAAAUCAGACUGUGGUAUCUACUAUUUUCUGGCAGUGGCUGAACCAAAGUCACAAUGCCUGUGUCAACUACUCAAACCGCAAUGCUACUAAGCCUACACCAACAUCCAAGUUUCUUCAAGGUUACUUCGGAGCUGUGACCAGUGCUGUCUCCCUUGCGGUGGGACUGAAUGUACUGAUUCAGAGAGCCAACAGGUUGAGUCCAGCAACCCAAAUAAUCAUACAGAGACUCAUCCCUUUCCCAGCUGUGGCCAGUGCCAACAUUUGCAAUGUGGGCCUCAUGAGGAACAAUGAGCUGUCGGAGGGCAUCGACGUGCUGGACGGAAAUGGGAACGUGGUGGGCUCCUCAAAGAUUGCUGCCAAACAUGCAAUUAUGGAAACUGCCUUUACCAGAGUGGUCCUCCCGAUGCCAAUCUUUGUCCUUCCUCCCAUCAUCAUGUCCUACCUAGAAAAACUUCCAUUCCUGCUCACGAAUCGGAGGCUGUUGCUGCCCAUCCACAGCCUGGUGUGUCUGGCUACCUUCAGCCUCUCGCUGCCCCUGGCCAUCAGCCUAUUCCCACAGAUGUCUCAGAUUGAGGUGUCUAAGCUUGAGCCUGAGAUUGCCAUGGCAACCAAUAGCAAGGUGGUGACCUACAACAAGGGACUGUGAUGACCGUCCUGAGAACAGCGAUUCAAAUGAGCCUCCUUUUUGAUUGGCUGUCACGGACACUCCAGUUUCCCCACUAAUGGAUUGGCGGAAGGGAAGCUGAUCCUAGAUUUGUACCUAGGGGACGCUUCACCCCAGAGCACUCUCUCCCAUAGCCUAAUAUGGUAACAGGUCCAGACACUUUCUGCUGCAUUAAUAUAGUGUAACAUAUAUUAUCAUGUGCUGUCUUAACCAAUGGUUUUAAUACAACAUAUAAAAAAAUGUGUUUUAUUGUCACUUACACCAGAGAGGUGCAGUGAAUUGUGUUGUUUUACAGGGUCAGCCAUACCAGUCCAGCACCCCUGGAGCAUAUUAGGGUUAAGUGCCUUGCUCAAGGGCACAUCUGCAGACUUUUUUACCUUUCGGUUACUGAUCCAACACUAACCGCUAGGCUACCUGCCACCUAUGAGGCCAAUCAGUAAUGACUGAGGAAGUUAAGGAAAUAAUAGACUAAUAAUAUAUUAUGAUGGAACUUUAUAAUGUUAUGCCUAUACCAGCUAUUUUACAAUUAGUGGUGCUGAUCAACCCAUUUGUCUUUAACUUUAAUAUGAAAUGUGUUUUUAUUGUUCACCCAAACUGCUGUAGUUUGAAUGUUUGUGGGAGGACAUACAGUUGAAGUCGGAAGUUUACAUACACCUUAGCCAAAUACAUUUAAACUCCGUUUUUCACAAUUCCUGACAUUUAAUCAGAGUAAAAAUUCACUGUCUUAGGUCAGUUAAGAUCACCACUUUAUUUUAAGAAUGUGAAAUGUCAGAAUAAUAGGAGGGAGAAUUAUUUCUUUCAG